AUGUUCAGCCAUGAUAGCUUCGAGUUUAAUGAUUCCAAUGAAGCCUUUUCCGAAAUCAGUGGAAUGGAAAGUCUUUACAGCACCGAGGGCUCUACAUCCAAAGCGGAGUUCCCGAGAAGAAAAAGACACAUGACAAGUGAGACCAUUGAAAAGCGAAAACAGCAAAACAGGACCGCCCAAAAGGCUUUUCGCGAAAGGAAGGAAAGACAUCUUCGAGAAAUCGAAAACCAGUUGAGCUAUAAGCAGCAUCAGAUCCAGGCAAUCUGUGGACAGAACAGAUACCUUGAAGACAAGUGCCUGUUCCUUUCAAAUCAAUAUGAAAUCCUCGAAAAGAAAUUCCUGGACGUUCAAAAUCGACUCAGGACUUUCGAGGAGUUCUCAACCAAACAAAGUCUUCCAGGAAGAUACGAUCCGCUUCAAGGAAUUUUAGGGACAAUCAACUUGGAUGGAAGCAUCCACCCCCACAAUUCUUUACAAUAA